CACCAUGUACUGGUACCUCUCGUUCCUCCGCCCGCCGCCGGUAUACCUCGCGAUCCCGGCUGACGGGGUGGUGGUUACGCCGCAGGUGGCCAACGACCUGCGGACGGAACUCCGCGACGCGCCGACAGAAAUCGCAUAUACCUGGCAACGCACGCACCCCACCCCCUCAUCCCCGACCAAGCCGUUGCCAUUGACGCGCUUCGAGCCCCCAGAGAGCACGUACCGGCCGCUGACGGUACCGCUGCCCCGGAACGCUAGGGUAGGCGAGCACUGGCGCCUCGGGCUGGUCGAGGUGCCCUCACCGGGGACGAAGGUCGACACUGGCGCGAUCGGGGGCGAUAUCCUCGCGCUUUCGGGCGAGGGCGUGCGCGUGCUCGGCGUGUGGAGCGAGGGGAUCGAGCUGCGGAACGGCGAGGUGGUGGCUGCUGCUACCGGGCCAGUGAGGGGGGUGGGCGGCAAAGACAAGGGCAAGGACAAGAAGGCUGCAGGCAAGGACAAGGCCGGUGGCAAGCCCAAGGCCAAGGGCGGCAAAGACGACACGCCAAAGCAGGGGAGAAUAUCCCGCGCGUGGGCGCUGCCCUCUGGUCAGCAGCUCACGCUCGUCGAGCAGACGUCGUUCGACCUCGACAAGAAAGUGUGGGACUCGGGACUGGCGCUCGCGUCGUGGCUGUGGCGGUAUCUUUCCAACGGCGGGGGGUUGCACGCCGACGCUAAGCGGGUGCUGGAGCGGUUAAAUGCGGACGAGCUGAGCGUCGUCGAGCUUGGCAGUGGUACCGGCCUCGUGUCUAUCGCGCUUGCGCAGAUGCUGACCUCGAACGCGAACAUUGUCGCGACCGACCUCGAGUCCGCCCUCGAGAUCAUGCGCGAGAACAUUGCGCUCAACGCCGAACCAUCGCGACCACAGGUCCGCGCCGACGUGCUGGACUGGGAUGCGCCCCUCCCAGACUGGGUACAGGCUACACCACCGACAGUCGUCAUCGCCGCCGACGUGACGUACAACACGGCGUCGUUCCCCUCCCUCGUGGCGACGCUCGAGCGCCUCCUCAAGCCCGCUGACGGCCCUGCGCCGCUGCUCCUCCUCGCAUACAAGCAGCGCGACGCCGCAGAGCGCGAGCUGUGGAACAUGCUCGCUGCGCGCGGCAUCGGCACCGUGCUCGUGGGCAAGAUUCGGGGUGCCGAGGAGGAGGGCCAGGUCGAGAUGUGGGUCGCUGGGGCGGACAUUGCCUCGAGCACAUGA